AUGUCUGCUAAAGCCGAAAAGAAACCAGCCUCUAAAGCCCCAGCUGAAAAGAAGCCAGCUGCUAAGAAAACUUCUACUUCCACUGAUGGUAAGAAGAGAAGCAAGGCUAGAAAGGAAACAUACUCUUCUUAUAUUUACAAGGUUUUGAAGCAAACUCACCCAGACACUGGUAUUUCACAAAAGUCCAUGUCUAUUCUAAACUCUUUCGUCAACGAUAUCUUUGAAAGAAUUGCUACUGAAGCUUCUAAAUUGGCGGCCUACAACAAGAAGUCUACUAUUUCUGCCAGAGAAAUUCAAACCGCUGUUAGAUUGAUCUUACCAGGUGAAUUGGCUAAGCAUGCUGUCUCUGAAGGUACUAGAGCUGUUACUAAGUACUCUUCCUCUACUCAAGCAUAA